CCACAACCCCCGGUCCCUCAGCGGAAGUAGAUCUGGCGGCAGCAGGGCGGCACGAUAAGUAGUUCCGUGGUGACGGCGCCGCUGGGAGCGGGCGGCGCGGCUCCGCGGUGCGGAGGGAUCUGUGGUAACGGCGCUGUGGCUGUGGGGCACCGCGGCGGCGGGAGCGGCAGGUGGCGCGGCCCUGCCAUGUUCAAGAACACGUUCCAAAGUGGGUUCCUCUCGGUGCUGUACAGCAUCGGCAGCAAGCCGCUCCAGAUCUGGGACAAGAAGGUGCGCAAUGGCCACAUCAAGCGAAUCACUGACAAUGACAUUCAGUCUUUGGUGCUGGAGAUCGAAGGAACUAAUGUCAGUACGACGUACAUCACAUGCCCUGCGGACCCAAAGAAGACCCUGGGCAUCAAACUACCUUUCCUAGUGAUGAUCAUCAAGAACCUCAAGAAAUACUUCACAUUUGAAGUGCAGGUGCUGGAUGAUAAGAACGUUCGCCGGCGUUUCCGAGCAAGUAACUACCAGAGCACGACCCGGGUGAAGCCCUUCAUCUGCACCAUGCCCAUGCGGCUGGACGAUGGCUGGAACCAAAUCCAGUUCAACCUGUCAGAUUUCACACGCCGUGCCUACGGGACAAACUACAUUGAGACCCUAAGAGUUCAGAUCCAUGCCAACUGUCGCAUCCGACGGGUGUACUUCUCUGACCGGCUCUACUCAGAGGAUGAGCUCCCAGCUGAGUUCAAGCUGUAUCUGCCAGUCCAGAACAAGGCCAAGCAAUAACACCACGUUGGGAAGAGAUGUGAGAAAUGUUCGGGGUCAGUCAGAAAACAAAAGCAGGUGGAAGAGAAGGCCCUACUGAGACCAAGUUUUAGAUCAGCUCACCUUGCCUACGGUAACUUUGAUUCACCUGUUAUCCCUCUUCUGGAUAGGACACAGUUAACCAUGUAACAGCUCUGGGACUACUUUUUGGUGUGUAAGUUGUACAGAAUCAGAAUUUUCUUAGUUGUUCCUAUAGUGCUGAGCCUGAACACUGUAAAUGGCCUGGUACUGAUCUUGUGUUGCACAGAGGGGUUGCGCCAAGCGGCCACUGUGCCUCCAAGAAGGAGAUUCAGCAGGAAUUACGGAGUUAAGUGUGUCCUCUUGAAGAUACCAAUGUUAUUUUUUUUUCCUUCCUUGUUUUCCAUCUCUUGUUUUGUAUGUGCUCUCAAUAUGGUUGUAAAACUCUUGGAAAGUUAUUAAACAUUUGACUCUAA